GCUUCCUGCAGAAAGAUGGACCUGGCAGAGCACUGGGGCCUGGACGACAUCUGCUGGCUGACACACAGCAGUCUUCUUCAUUUUGUCAAUACGUUAAGAGAAACGGAGGCUUCCAAAGCUGUUCCAGCGAUUUUGGGUGCCAGUGAGUCGGGCCCCCCAUCAAUUUGCUCCAGCUCUAGCAUUCCUGCCCAGGUACCGGAAGAAAUUAGCUACCUGUAUGCAGAGCCCCAGCUGCUUAGCGACAGACAAGAUGAUUCCCCAUUCAUGGUAGAGGUGAUCAGUAGCAUUGACGCGGAAGACCCCCUGAGCCACUUCUACCCUCCCCACUUCCUCCAGGUCUCAGAGGUGGAAAUGAGAGGUUCGGAGGAUGCGGCCCCUCGCACUGUGUUACAGCGGCUGAUCCAGGAACUGCGCUAUGGCAACCCGAACGAGAACAUGAACCUGGUGGCCAUCCAGCACCAACCCACGGGGAGCUCAGGACCGUCCAACUCGGCUGCCAGCACGCUCUCGUCUUCUUCCGUGGAAAACCUCGUGCCGGAAGACCCACAAAUGGUCCAGCAGUCGGCGCGGCAGGAACCACAGGGCCAGGAGCAUCAAGGGGACAAUAUUGUGAUGGAGAAGCAGCCUCGGGGAAGCUCCCAGCCUCAGCAGAACAAUGAGGAACUCCCCACCUAUGAGGAGGCCAAGGCCCAGUCCCAGUUUUUCAGGGGCCAGCAGCCCAGCGCCGUUGGGCAGGGUGGCUUUUACGGGGCCGCGACCUCCUGUCCGAAGUCCCGGACAGAAGGGAGACCUACUCUGGCCCGUGCCAACAGCGGGCAGGCGCACAAAGAUGACGCUCUUAAGGAACUCAAGCAGGGCCACGUGCGUUCUCUGAGCGAGAGGAUCAUGCAGCUGUCGCUGGAGAGGAACGGUGCCAAGCAGCACCCCCCCACCUUGGGGAGAAGCAAGGGGUUCAAAGCGGGUGGGCCACCCUCUUCCCAGGUGGCAAGCAAAGGUGUGGAUCUCAGGGGGCCGCCCCCCGAGUAUCCGUACAAAAGCAAACAGAUGGUGUCCCCGGUGAGCAAAACUCUGGAGCGUGGGAUGUUUUUUAACGACCAGCAUUCUGCAAUGAUGCAAGAGAUGCCGAAAACCUCCUCCUAUGCAGCUCCGCAGCCAGCGAGGACCGAAGCGGCCUCUGUCCGGUAUCAGGGCCCCCCUGACUACGGCACGAGCAGCCGUCAGGGCCAGGCAUCUUUCCCUUCGCACACCAUGCCACAGCAGCACAGUCCAAUGUCCUCCCAGGCCUCCUCCCUCAGUGGCCCGCUGCAUUCUGUGUCUUUGCCGCCACUUUCCAUGGCCACGGGGUCUCAGUCUCUGCCCGCCACUCCGCCCAUCCAGCAGCAGCAACUCCCACCAGAUGCGUUUGCGAUGAUCGUGCAGCGAGCUCAACAGAUGGUAGAAAUGCUGUCGGAAGAUAACGAAGCCCUGCAGAAGGAGCUGGAGGGCUACUAUGAGAAAGCGGACAAACUCCAGAAGUUUGAAAUAGAAAUUCAGAGGAUUUCAGAAGCUUAUGAAGAUUUAGUGAAGACCACCAGCAAGAGAGAGUCGCUCGACAAGGCGAUGCGAAACAAACUCGAGGGUGAAAUCCGGCGACUGCACGAUUUCAACCGGGAUCUGCGGGAGCGCUUGGAGACAGCCAAUAGGCAACUGGCGAGCAGACAAUUUGAUGGGAUUGAAGAUAAGGGCACAGAGGGUCUGUAUUCCUCUCAGAAUAAAGAGAAGCUGGAGAUGGAGCUGAUGGCCGUGCGUCUGACCAACGAGGAACAGCGAAGGCAUAUUGAAAUCCUGGACCAGGCCCUGAACAAUGCUCAGGCCAGAGUCAUCAAACUGGAAGAGGAGUUGCGGAAGAAGCAAGUGCAAGUGGAGAAGGUGGAGAAGCUUCAGCAGGCGCUGGCUCAGCUUCAGGCCACCUACGAGAAGCGAGAGCAGCUGGAGCGCCGUUUGCGCACGAGGCUGGAGAGGGAGCUGGAAUCUCUGCGGAUGCAGCAGAAGCAAGGCAAUUACCAGGCAUCCACCCUGCCAGAGUACAAUGUGGCCGCCUUAAUGGAGCUGGUGCGGGAGAAAGACGAGAAGAUCUUGGCUCUGGAAGCUGACAUGACCAAGUGGGAGCAGAAGUACUUGGAAGAGAGCACCAUCCGGCACUUCGCCAUGAAUGCUGUGGCCACGACAGUGGCAGAGAAGGAUCCUUCAGCCGCCAAUCACUCACGGAAUGGCAGCUACAGUGAGAGCUCUCUGGAGGUCCGCAUGUGGCAGGACGAGGAGGAGAUUUUGCAAGCCAACCGGCGGUGCCAGGACAUGGAAUACACAAUAAAGAAUCUGCACGCUAAAAUCAUCGAGAAAGACGCCAUGAUCAAGGUCCUCCAGCAGCGGUCCAGAAAGGAUCCCGGCAAGAGCGAGGCUGCCAGCUUGCGGCCUGCCCGCUCUGUCCCGUCGAUCGCUGCAGCGGCUGGAACUCAUUCCCGCCAGACCUCCCUCACGAGCACCCAGAUGGCCGAGGAGAAGAAAGAAGACAGGACUUGGAAAGGCAGCAUAGGACUGCUCUUAGGCAAGGAGACCCAGGACCCUUCAUCCGUACCUUCGCUGCCACCUCCUCCACCAGCUUUGUCAUCAGCGACGUCCCCAUGGCCAGUGACAGUGUGCCAUUCUAAAACGGGGAGCAAAGACAGCAGCACGCAGACAGAGAAGGGGACGGAGCUUUUCUGGCCAAGCUCAGCUUCUUUCCCAGGCCGGGGGAAGUUUGGAAGCACCCCUGCUGGCAGCCCGGCUAUGAGGCACAUGGCAGCCAAGGGUGUCGGUGAGAGAUUGGAGCACUCUCCCAGCCAUGGGAAGCUACCUGAGAGCAAAGGAAGGCUGAGCAGUCUGCUCCACAAGCCUGAAUUCCCGGAUCCAGACAUGGUGGAAGUCCUCAUCUAAAGUGGCAACACCUUCCUUCACUUCAUAUGCCAAGUGCGCAUAACUCCCAGGAGGGUCUCGUUGUUGGUUUUGUGCAAACCUUGAGAACUUUGGGAAAAAAACAAAUGAAAGCUAGACCAACCAAGAUGAAACCUGGAAGGAAACCACUGGGCAAACCUGACAUUGUCCUUGCAAAGGAGAAGGCGUGUGAGAGAUCGGAAAGAUAAGUGGACAUUUAGACUAUCUGCUACAGACAAUCAAAAGAGCGCUGGCCACAGAGAUGUGGAUGAAGAAGGUAACGGCAGCAAUCCAAUGGAAGCUACAUUUUCUGUUGCGAAGAAGACCUCUUUGUCCCUCGCAGAUCUUUAAAAGGUGCAGUCAGCAUGCAAGUUACAGUUCUGCAACCACCACUGCUGUUGGCUAAUGAGAGCUGCUACAUUCCCUGUGUGAUAUUUCUUGUACCGCAUACACAUCUGGGAUGAGGGAGCAGGACUUCCAGUUAUUAAAGUUUUAGAUAUUA